AUGCCGGAGGCGGCCAGCGACGAUGAGUUCGAUUCUGGGCCCGAGAUCGAUGAGCCUCCAAGCGAAACCUGGCCUUUGUGCGGCUCCCACGCUGUGCCGCAUAGCAGAGAUACAGACGCCAGCAUCGACAGCGAUGGCAGUGCGCAGUCGAUCGAGAUCCCUGGCAUCUACGGCCUGCUGUCAGACCGUCUCUGGAGGUCGAAAACUGAGAGUGAGAUAGCACGCUUGCAGCCCCAGGAGGUCAUGGAUUAUCUUCAGGAGUGUGCAGAAGGUAGAGAAGGCCUCGACGCUUUUCAGUUCCUAGGGUUCAUCUGGGCGACCAGGGAGAGGUGUGAUCACCACGUGGUGCUGGUAUGCCUGAAAUGCCUCCUGUGCGUUUGUGUACAGCUGCCGGGCACGAUUAUGAUCCUGCAGGAGCUGCAUUUUGAAUCGAAGCACCCUGAAACAGGGAGGUGCGAGGAAGACGAGAUUGAUUUGCUUCACAUGCUGAUGUUGGGCCUUCUGGGAAGCUUCGAAGCAAUGUUCUUUCUUGUGCGUUACCGGUCGAUCGUUUAUUCCGGGAUGUACCGUCUAGAUCUGGAGAAGCUGAACAACAUACCUGACUUCGUCCGACCAGGUCCUGUCAUCUUCGGCCGUGUUUACAACAUGCUGUGUUACAGCACGAUGUGUUGGAGUAGCCUACACUUGCUGUAUCAUGCACCGAACAUGCUUGAGAUGAUCCUGAACUGCGUGGCCCUCGACUUCAUGGUCGAGAUGGACAACAUGAUGGUUACAUCGGCAGACUACCACAAGCUGCAAAAGCACAUCAUGGACGAGAAGCAGAGGAACGAACAACUGCACCGCUCAGGCCUCCCACCCAAGCGCGGGCAUUCCGAGCCGAAGAGAAGAUCUCGAUCGAUAUGUUUCUGCCACAAUCUCUGGUCAACUCUACAUCUGCUGUUUUUGUUGAUAAUUAUGGUGAACUGUUUGCCUGGCAUGUCUUUUCUGAUUACAGGUUUGGUGCAGCUUCUGGCAAGCUGUGGGCGGCCUUGCACGCAUACCCUGCUCUGGCCGUUGUCGAUUGUCUCAGAGUUUUGGGACGAAGCCUUCCGUGUCACGGAGGCGGUUUAG